GCUGUUUUUCUGGAGAGUUACAGCCGGAGUGAGACAAAGCAGCGGGGCUGGGCUGGGGCCAUGGAGCUGCCGUCCCGCAUCCUGCUGUGGAAACUUGUGCUUCUGCAGAGCUCUGCUGUUCUUCUGUACACAGGACCCUCGGGGCCCGCGAGCGCGGGCAGCUCCGUGGUGUCCGAGUCCAAGGUGAGUUGGGCAGCAGGCUCCGUGGCGCUGCUGCGCUGCCAGAGCCCGCGCAUGGUGUGGACCCAAGACCGGCUGCACGACCGCCAGCGCGUGGUCCACUGGGACCUCAGCGGCGGCCCGGGCGGCCCCGCGCGCCGCCUGGUGGACAUGUACUCGGCGGGCGAGCAGCGCGUGUACGAGCCGCGCGACCGCGGCCGCCUCCUGCUGUCGCCCUCCGCCUUCCACGACGGCAACUUCUCGCUGCUCAUCCGCGCGGUGGAGGAGACAGACGAGGGGCUGUACACCUGCAGCCUGCACCACCACUACUGCCACCUCUACGAGAGCCUGGCCGUCCGCCUGGAGGUCACCGAUAGCCCCCGGGCCGCCCGCGCGUACUGGGACGGCGAGAAGGAGGUGCUGCAGGUGGAGCGCGGCGCGCCCGCGCUGCUGACCUGCGUGAACCGCGCGCACGUGUGGACCGACCGGCACCUGGAGGAGGCGCAGCAGGUGGUGCACUGGGACCGGCAGCCGCCGGGGGUGCCGCACGACCGCGCGGACCGCCUGCUCGACCUGUACGCGUCGGGCGAGCGCCGCGCCUACGGGCCACCCUUCCUGCGCGACCGCGUGGCGGUGGGGACGGACGCCUUUGCGCGCGGCGACUUCUCGCUGCGCAUCGACCCGCUGGAGCCUGCCGACGAGGGCACCUACUCCUGCCACCUGCACCACCACUACUGCGGCCUGCACGAGCGCCGCGUCUUCCACCUGCGAGUCACCGAGCCGGCCGCGGAGCCGCCUCCCCGGGACUCGCCCGGCAAUGGCUCCAGCCACGGUGGCGCCCCGCGCCCAGACCCCACGCUGGCGCGCGGCCGCAGCGUCAUCAACGUCAUCGUGCCCGAGGGCCACGCCCACUUCUUCCAGCACCUGGGCUACGUGCUGGCGGUCCUGCUGCUGUUCAUCCUGCUGCUGACCACCGCGCUCCUGGCCGCCCGCCGGCGCCGCCGAGGUUACGAAUACUCGGACAAGAAGCCAGGGAAGCCACAGGGGAAGGAUCUGAACAUGGUGGAGUUUGCUGUGGCCACAGGGGACCAGGCUGCUUACAGGAGUGAGGACAUCCAGCUCGAUUUUAAAAACAACAUCCUGAAGGAGAGGGCUGAGCUGGCACACAGCCCCCCGCCUGCCAAGAACAUCGACUUGGACAAAGAGUUCAGGAAGGAGUACUGCAAAUAAAGUGACCCCGGGCUUCUGGCUGGGCCAGCAGCUCUGUCAACUCCUGUCUGUCCACCUCGGGGGACAUCUCCUGACCCUCAUGCAGCUCACUUGGCCCCCUUCCAGCGGCUGGUCCCGCUUUUCUGGAACUUGGCCAGGCGCAGAGGCCACCUCCACAUCCCUCUCCCAGGGACUCUGCAGCAGUGCAGCCACCGCCCUGCCCAAUCACUAAGCUGCUCUGCAGCAUGGCCUCCGUGAUGGCCCUGGGGGCUCGGGCAGGAGGACGCUCUUGGAGGGGGCUCAGUCAGAACAGGCAGCCUGGGGGGAGCUGGGGUCUGCCUCAGGGCUGGCACCCCCUCCGCUACUCCUCCAGGGAGCUGCCUGCUGCCACUGAGCUCCCAAGCCCGCCCCAACUGCACUGUGCAUUACUCCGAGCCCUCAGGCCACGCUCUGCUCUGAAUGGGGACUUGAGGCUCAGUGAACUCCAGGACCCAGGCUAAGGCUCCUCUGUGUUGCAUUGGGCCCCUGGGGUCUGCCCCAUGGCCCUCCCUCUGCUUUCUACUCCUGCUCCCUGUGCUCUCUACAAGCUGUCCUGACAGUCACUGGGCUCCAUGUGACUUUUGACCCUGACACCCUUCCCUUGGCUCCUCCCUGAGCUGGAGUUGGGGGUUGUGGCCACAUUUGGCUUCUGUAUUGGCUGAGAACAGGGGAAGAGGUGAAGACAGUUCCAGGGUAGCCUGUGCUGCCACUCCUGACACCCCACAUUUGCUCCUGCUGGUGGAAUUGCUACCAUCACAAUAAAGGCCACUUCUGAUUUUUAGACAGCCCCAGGUGUGCCUCUGAAUCUCCCCCUGCCGCCCAGGGAGGGGGCCAAGUGUGAGCUCCGGGAACCCUCAAAUGCUUUCCUCACCUUCAUC